GAUGGAGCUGGCACCAGAGGGGAAAAAUUUUGUGAUUGUGAAGGAACACGAGCUCCCAGCAUUGAUGGAAGAGCUGGAAAAAUAUUUUCCGCAUUCCUUAAAGUUUCAUCAAACUAUUCAAACGUACCUGAAUGAUAGAGUAUGGCAAUUUCAAUUUUAUAGAGCAAAGACUUGGCCUGAAGAUCCUGUUUGUUUGCAUUUUGCUGGCUGUACAUAUACGCCGGAUAACAGGACGAACGAAAGCGUAGGUAUUUUUUGUCCACCGGACAGACUAGAGCGAAUGGAACUGAUUAAAGACGAGGACAUUCUUUUCGAUUGGCAUAGUCCAAUUUACAUGAACUUUACCCAUGUAGGCAUUAUGUACAAGAUGGAAGAGAUAUUUCGUGAAAAGGUUAAGGGAAAAUUGGACGGGCAUAUCUAUGGUGAUAUUUAUGUGCAUGAGUGCCCGGCCGAGUUAGAUUUAGCGUUGGAGCCACUGGCCGCGGACGAAGUGAUAAUGAAACCGCUCUGUAUCGACGACGUGAAGGACAUUCACGAUCUGUAUCCGGCCAGGGAUAUCGAAUGUCUGGAACUGUUCGAGAAACUAGUCCAUCAGCUGCCGGGCUUCGGGGUGUUUACCAACUUGGACAACGAACUGGCCGCCUGGAGCUUGCAAUCCUACUACGGUGGAAUGUUUUCGAUGCAAACGAAACCGAAAUUCCGAAGAAAAGGGUAUGGCAUUCAGGUCGCACAAUCGCUGACGAAGCUGGUCAUUCAACGGGGCUACAUACCUUUCGUUGUCAUACGCCCGGAAAACGAUGCCUCCCGCGGGCUCUACAUGAAGCUGGGCUUCCGGAAGGCGUUUGAAAGCGUGCGUGGUACCUUUCUGCCGUUUGUUGGCGAGGAGCAGCUGCCGGUGAAGUCGGCGAUGGGCGUCGAAAAUGGCACAUCGACGGAGGAGCUACCGCUAGAGAAGCAAAACGCCCUGACCCGAGCCGACACGAAUGGGACGCUUAGUGAAAAGGAACACGUGGAAUGUUAAAUCUCAUUUGAUUCAGCAAACGAAUACAACAAGAAACCCCGAUACCGGUUAAAGGAAAUCAGCCACGGAAAUGAAAAGGAAGUGUGUCUCGACGGAGUCGUUUUUGAGUGAAAAAUUCAACAUGCAGAUCAGCAUUUAUAACAGUAGCGAUCGCAACCCGCCACAGCAGCAGCAGCAGACGCAGCAGUAGCAGCAGCCGCAGCAGCAUCAGCAGCAAUCAUCAGCAUCAGUAGUGUUGGAUGCCGACCGUCGCCAUCGCUGCCCUAACGCUGCACCCGCUAAAGCCUACGCAACCGUCACGACUCUUACAGGCUAAUACAAGUAAAUGGACUCAUGUGCUCACAUGUGGUCUUAUGUAAAGGCAGAAGAUCUUGAACUAUCUACCAACAAUGCGCACUUAAUAUGUUUUAAAUCAAAUAGAUAGAUUUCUUAUAUAAAUUUCUAUUGAAUAAACAAAGUUUGCUUUAUC